GGUCCUGGCUUUCCAGUCGGCCCGAUUUCUUGACAGUCGGAUUCGUGUGAAACUUGAACGAUGUAGUCGGGCCGAAAGUGGGAGUAUGGCCGCUGGUGCCGAUAGAAAGCUGGAUUGAAGGCAACAAGAGAUACAUCAACCCGCACACCUGCUGCGACCUGUCAUGAUGGAUCGGCAUCCGGACAUGGUGCUGCGAACGCAGGCCCGCCUGGACGGCAAGUGGCUCAAGGCCGACCUUCAAACUUGCUUCGCCGACGACGCCCUGUCCAUGCUGUGGAACGAAAUGCUGAAGGACGGAGAACUGUCGGCCACCUCCAGCGAGAGCCUCAUUAACUCUGUCGGCGCAGCUGCAAAGAAGGGCGAAAGCGGGCACUACUACUGUGGAAUGAAAGUUUUGUCCUGUGCGUGUUGCGAUGGCAUCUGUGGGCCCCAGAUGGGCUGCAACUGUGCCCCCUGUCAGAAGCUGGACGACGACGAGUCAAGAAGGUUGAAGACAGGAGCCGAGGACAAGACUCCGCUGCCCUUUAAACAGCAGAUCAACAGCUGGACCUGGGGACCGCAACCUACUUCAAAGCAGCUGAAAACCUGUCUGGCGUCCCUUUUCAAAGAACAGCGGAAUUUGGUUUCAAUCGCAGCCGGCAACACUUUGUCCGCGACGAGACUGAAGCAGAGACUCGUUGUUGCGCAGAGGUACUUCACCGCACUCAAUAGACAUCAAGGGCAGGUCAAGAGCCAUUCGCUGAAAACUAGUUCAAGCGGAAAUGGAAAGGAACUUGCUAAAAUGACUGAAAAAGCAACGGUUGGACUCGCUAGAAUAGGUUCAAGGGCAGCCUUACAUUUGUCUUUUGCAUUUAUGCGUCGUGCUUGGAGAUCAGGCGAGGAUGCUGAACUGUGCACAGAACUUCUUAGAGAAUCUCUUGAAGCUUUGCAGGAUCUUCCUGAAGCAACACUUUUUGAGGGUCAAGCUAUCUCACCAGUUUGGUUGGAAGUUGUUGAAAGAUCUGCCACUUUUUUGCGAGAAGUUGUCUCGGGAGAUUUUGUCGGAUCUGUUUCGCAAACUGAUGAGAAAUUAGCGCUAAGUUUACUUUUGGAGCUGAGUGUGCAACAAGGCACUUUGAGUCAAAUUAUGAAUUCAGUUCUGCUCCUUCUGCAGUUGGAAUAUAAAAAUCAAUCGGCACCAGAUAACAGGUGCUCAAUGUCUGACGAGAACUGCGCUCCUUUGGUACCGCUGCUGCGGAGACUGGCCAAAAUUCCAACUUCAGCAGCCCAGAUGGAGGUCAUGAGGGGCAUGUUUGAACCUCGCAACGCCACUGAAAUUUAUCUGGAGGAUUUUGAACUGCCUGACGAGGAGAGCGAAACCAUUCCAUUGAGAGAGGCUGCAGUUGUAAUAAUGUCGCACAUGGACCGUCUUGCAUUGCCCUAUAUCCCGCCCUCAAAUCUGUCAAAGGUUCCUGGUGGGUUGCGGCCAUACCAGGAGGUGAUGUGUCUCGGCUCGCUAGAAUGGGCCGAGUCAUCGCAGUGGUGUGAGGAGCCGCACAACUGCAGCGUGCUGGAGGAGAUCGGUGUGUUCCAGCUGGCCUGCUCUGAUCACUCGCUCCUUGUGCUCAGCCUGUCUGGCAAGGUGCACCAGAUGCUGUACGCUUCGCGCACAGAGUGUCCCAGAAUGGUCGAGAGCCUCUCUGACAAAGAGAUCGUGCAGCUGGCCAGUCACCCAGACGCAAAACACUUUUUGGUGCUGACGGCCAAGGGUGAGGUGUUCUCUUGGGGAUGCGGUGACGGCGGCAGGCUUGGACACGGGGAUACUCUUUCGCUUGAAGAGCCCAUGCUGAUCGAGGCUCUGACUGGCCAGUUCAUUGUGUCCAUUGCUGUUGGAAACACUUACAGUGCGGCUGUUACCUCUUCUGGUGAACUGUACACUUGGGGUAGAGGCAAUUACGGACGACUCGGCCACGGAAGCACAGAUGACGUGACGAAACCAACUUUAGUUCCUGGACUGAAAGGUCACCACAUAGUGCAGGUUGCUUGUGGCGGCGGUGACGCACAAACCUUGGCUGUUACUGACACCGGACUUGUUUUCUCCUGGGGUGAUGGAGAUUAUGGAAAACUAGGUCGAGGAAGAAACGAGGGUUCCAAAACUCCAAAACUCAUCGACAGGUUGCAGUCUGUGAACGUGGCUCAAGUUUUUUGCGGAGCUCAGUUUAGCAUUGCCCUGUCAACAUCUGGUGCCUUGUACUCUUGGGGCAAGGGAGAUGGCUACAGACUUGGCCAUGGGUCAGAGGAGCAUGUUAGAUUUCCCAAGCAAAUUCAAGCGAUGGCUGGGAAAAAAGUUGUGGCUGUGUCAGUCGGAUCGUCGCACGUCCUAGUGAGAACUGAUGAUGGAGAGGUCUUAGCCUGGGGACAAAACGAGCAAAACCAGCUGAGUAGAGUGUCCACGCAACCUUUGUGCGAGCCUACAGUAUUGCCCUAUUUGCAAAAUAAGAAUAUCAUUGGCGUUGCUUGCGGUCCAUCACAUAGUUUUGUCUGGAGCAGCGCCAGCAAGUGGCGUGUCCCACUGCGAGUACCAUUUGUUGUCGAUGUCACGGAGAACACGUUCAGCCUACUGGAAAAGCUCAUAACAGAGGUUUGGGAUGGCCUGGACGGCUCCUCAGACUGGCCUCCCACUCAGGAAAAUGAAUGCCUAGCCGUCUCCUGCCUAAAUCUUCUACACCUGCAGUUUGUGACGAUGAUCUUCCACGGAAUUUCCGAGGCGUCUGUUGGACUGAGUGCCGGCUCGCAUCUGUUGUCUUUGAUCAAGCAACGCGUUGUCGCCUUGGCCAGCAACCGUGGCGUCGUUAAGAGCGUGCAAAAGGCUGCUCAAAACUUGCUGGAGGCAGGCUGGAGCAUCCUGAUCCCCACUGCUGACGAAAGGGCCAGUACCCUAUCUAACCUGCUCAGGAACAAAGGUGACGGCGAAGGUCAGAAGUUCAUGACGGACCUUUUGGUGAACAGUUUGAUGGCUGAUGGCGGUCUGGAGGCUGCUUUGGAGGCGGCAAUUAGGGCGGAGGUCACGUUUGCGCUCGAAACGAAUCUCGAUUUCCUCUCAGAGUCUGCGCAAGAGACAAAAAGAGCCAUCAUCAACGAAGGUUCCAUCCCCCUGCUUCAUCUAAUAAAGCAGCUUUUGAAGACUAUGUCCGGGACGACGUUGGGGAAACUUGCCAAUUUGUCCACUCUAAGGCCUGCUGAGGAGGAGAAGCCGCCCAGUCUGGAUCUUCUGAUCAGAUUCCAACGCUUGUUGAUCGCCAGGCUGUUACCGGAUUCAGUUCGAUCAUCAGUGAGGUGCGAGCAGGAGUUGCUGGGCGCUGAGUCCUUGCUGAAGAAGUACAUUAAACUGUUGCACUCGCACAUCUCAGAGGUGCUUGAGGUGGCCACCAAAAAUGCAUCCAUCGGUAAAAGGCACUUUGGCGCCGUCUCACACGUUUUACGGUCUGACGCCAUCAACACUCUACUGCCUGAGUUGAUCCUCUGUCUCAUUCUUCUGGAGACUCAGGCCGCGUCAACCGCCCUUCACCAGGUGGAUUGGUUCUCACCGCUGAGGUCUCUGCUGGAGCCGCUGAACAAAUUAAAUCGUCUGUCUCCCUGGCAUGAAAAAGAAGAUUUGGAAGACUUGGCCUGGCCCGGCAUCAUUGUUCCACCCAACUCGCCUGCGUCAAAGAAAAAAUCAGAAGACCUGAUGCUAAUCAGGAAGGCAGAUAUCGAGAACCACAACCGAGAUGGUGGCCUCUGGAUCAUUAUCAAUAACAAAGUGUAUGACGUACAGGACUUCACAUCCCAGUCUCCGUGCGGUGAGGAGCUUCUGAAGAAGUUCAGUGGCUGUGACGCUAGCAAGGAGUUUGAUGCUGCAUGCCACUCAGCGUCUGCUAAGAGAAAAAUGACAAAUUUCCUUGUGGGCAGCUACCUAGACCCUGAUCAGCAGGUGGUUCCACUGAACGAUCAGUUGGUCAUCUUCACCAGUAUGCUAGAGACUGAGAGGAUGCUGGCUUUCCUGCUGGGCAUCCACGCACGCAGCCUGGCCUAUGGGCCGCCGUUGCAAGCGCCCGAAACGCAGAUAUCCCAGUGGUGUCAUGCUCCUUUCCUGCAGGGUGGCUUGCUCGACUUGCUCCCUGGCAACCCCUACGAGGAAGAAAAAGGGGACGCGCGUAGCACAACCUCAAACACGCCGACGGGCUCGACACCGACCAAAAUCAAAACUCCAAUGACCGAAUUCUCAAAAGUGGAUAUAGGACACGUUCUUCUGCAGGGUUUGGUGGACAACCGGUUCAACAAAGAGCCUCUGGUGUCUGCAUUUCUCAACAUCGUCGAACGACACAACCGGACUCCCUCUUUAUCUGAUGGCCAGGAGCACCCUGUAGAGGAGUGUGGCCGGUUCCUUCUUGCCGUUCUCCUGCGCCACCAAGGGCUUGAGCAGAUGGCCAUUACCGUGGCCCAGCUAGAGGCUGACGGUUGCCCUUCUAUCAGAAUUCCACGUCCGCUUCUUGAGAGCCUUUCCCAGGUCCAGAAAGUAAAGUUGAAGUUGAUUAAAGCGCGGCAGACGAACAAUCGCUCUUACAAAGAGAUUUGCCAGCCUGUGAUAGAACGGUGCCGUUUUCUUUUCUACGAGGUGCGACCUGCCUUCAAUCCUGAGGUCACCGCCCUUCAUUCCCUCCAGCUGGUGCGUACUGAGUCGCGAUGGAAGCGGCUCAGCAGAGACCUGAGAAAUCUGAUCCUGCCGUCCUGCAAGCCAGAGGACAUUUUGAACGCCAGCAUUCAGAGUCAGGAGGCCCUGUUGGCAGCCGAGGAUGCGCUGAACUCAAGACAACCUGUUCCUGGCUGCUCGAGUCAGGAAGACGGCGAUGCACACGAACGAAGGGUGUCAAAAGAGGAAAAUGAGAACACUAAAGAGCUGAUCGUACCGCACACUAAAAUUGAAAAAGACCUUACAAAUGAGGACCUAAGUGACGAACUAAAGAUGCAAGAGCAAGGUAACAGGAAACAGAAGCGGAAGCUCAAACCCAGGCGAAGCUCCGACUUGUCCAGAUCAAUCAGCUCUGACACGCCUUUGAAAGACUACUCAGGCAUGACGGCUUCAAUUGUUAAGUUUGUGACUCAGGAGGAUGUAGACGUGGACAUCCUCCGCAAAGCCCUCUACAGCCAGGUGGAGAGGGCCAAAUGCCGACAGAAAGGCCUUGAAUUAGGCCUGACCCUGUUGGCGGAAGACUGGCUGCUCCCUUCGGUCAGGUACAGCCUGAUCAACGCCUGGUUGGGCCUACCCCUUGACGUGAAGAACCCUGGUGACGUUUUGUCCAACUGCUUGUCUAACAUCGAGCUGGUGCCUCCGUAUACAAAGGCGCAGGUGUUGCUGCAGCACGCGCAGAUGAUGCAGUGGGCUGCCAACGCGCUCAGAGAGAGGGUCAUCUGGGCAGAGCCUAUGGGCCGCAGCAGCAGAGGUCUCCGAGGAAAAGGGUGUCUCAAUAGGGGCACACAGGGCUGGCUUGGAAAACUACCUUGGGCCAGAUUUUUGCUGAGCACAAUCUGCAUGCUGACUGGAGAUCACUUUGGUAAUGAACUGAAUUUGCUGAUCAACUCGGGAGUGCUGGCGCUCCUGCAAACCCUGCUGCGGCAAAUAGGACCGGAAAUCAAUGGAAGUCACGAAGAAAAAUUCGGCGAUGUGUACGCGAUCUUUAAGGACAAUGUGAUCAAAACUCGUCCGCCCUGCAUGCCGCUCAGCAACGCUGAACUUGCCACCAUGCUGAAGCCAGGCACCAGGGUUGUUCGAGGAAUGCACUGGAAAUGGGGAGAUCAGGAUGGUCCGCCUCCUGGUGAGGGUCAAGUGGUUGGAGAGCUGGGUGACGAUGGCUGGGUACGCGUCCAGUGGGACAAUGGGGCGACAAACUCUUACCGUAUGGGUAAAGAGGGCAAAUAUGACUUAAAAUUAGCCGAGCCACCGCACGUCUCCGAGUCGGAGGCUGAGUCUGAGUCUUCAUUGGAAGACAUAGCUUCUCCCGUGCAAGCCAUCUCAAGCAGUAAAGUUUACCCUCACCCGACCCUUUUGUUGAGGCAUGCUUGCGUCGCCCUUUUGCGCAACGUCUCUAUAUGCUGCGGAAUCCAGGCAGAUGAAAUGCAAGCAUCGUGCAUCAGGAUCUUCACCUCUCUUAUUAGAGAACUAGUCAAGUCUGGAAAUGAGUCUGUGGAUGACCUCCAGAAGUCAGAACUUAAUGUGAUUGCCAAAGUUCACCACUCAGAGUGGGCAACCCUUGGAUUCAUCAGAGCUCUGUGCAGCUCGAGGAGCAUGACCAAAGCCCUGAGCACUCCUUUGUGGGUCAAUUUGCUGCUCUCUAUAGUCCAGGAUCAAGAAACUCCCAACUUGGGAAAACAGAUAUUAGCACUGCGACUUCUUCGAACAGUUUUGACUGAAUUCAAAGAAAAGAAUCCAUUGGAAAGUGCUGAUUUCUUGACAAGAAUGUCUCGAUUGUUAGGGGAAUGUUUGAUAAUGUGCUCCAAAGAUCCAACUUUGAACUCCUCUGCUGCAGGUCGAGUUUGUCUUACUGCUUCAUAUACCAGCACUGUUGCUGAAGAGUGCAUAUUACUCAUGAGAAGCAUGCACGCCAUUCCCAGCUGGACCAGGGAUAUCAACAACUACCUGACAGAUGGUAUCAACGCGUCUUCAAACCUAUUGGUACAUGCUGGAAUGCUUAGUCCACUCGGUACAGGAGAAAAUGGAGCAAAGCAUGCUGCAUCUGUUGCGGCGCUCAGCAUUAUAGGAGGCGUGGACACACGCCCUCGCAUCGGCGGGACAGUCCAAAUUGAGAGUGGCCCUGGCACAGUAUACAACAUCAUGAAAGGCAAGCUGUACAUCCAGCUGCACGAACCGUCUGGUGCUAGACAAAAGGCACCGCUUGCCAAUAUCGUUUCAAACCAAAUUUUGAAAUUCCGCCUCGACAAGUAUGAAAUGAAUGAACUGAACACAGAAGCUUGGGCUACCCUCCUGGCGUAUUUGCUGCAAGACUACAAGCCUGAGCCUGAAACAGGUCACAUCCGAGCCCAUGCGCUGCAGGAACAGCAAGUUCGUCUGCAGUCGCUGCUAACGUUCCAACAGCUCUUCCGCAGCCAAGCGUAUCUGCGGAGUGUGCUGCGCCGUCCAGCCUUGCACUGGCUUACGGCUAGUGACAAGGAUGAGCCUAAUGAGCCGUCUAGUCCUGUUGCUCAAGAGCAGGGUUUAUUGAUCCAGCGUCUGCUUGCCAAAGCCACCCAGCCAGCCUUGAUUAAGUCAUGCUAUUCAAAGGAGGAGCUGGAGUCUGCAGCACUGAAUCUGCUGCAAAUUCUUUCCUUCGAGCUGCACUCGACCGAGGCGCCUUGCGUGUCUGGCGCACACUUGUACCCUCCGACGCCGACCGCAAGUGAGGUUCAAACCCCCGUUAGUGAGCCGUCGUUCCCCAUCCCCAGUCUGGCGAAGAAAACCCCAACUCCCCUAGUAUCUCAGCUCAUGGACAUGGGCUUCGCUAGGAAGCAAGUAGAAUACGCUAUCAGAAUGCUUGAAAACAUAACUGACGUUGAGCCCAGUCCUGAGAAAAUCGUAGGCUGGAUUCUGCAGCACCAGGAUGAUCUGAUCUCUGAUACCGACUCGCCGACGUCUUCAAUUGAAGGAGUCCUCUCUGCAACUGACUCGGCCUCAGAAGAGCCUGAAGGCGCUUGGGGUGGUCCUUCAAAGAGCUCUCCUAAGCAAUCAGAAAAGCCAAAAGUGACUCUGUUCAGGAAGAGGGCAGACUACGCUUCAAAGCAGCAAUACGCCAUGUAUGUUCAGCGCUACGUGACACCCGGCGUCUACAUCAAGUGCUGUCGUCCUACCGAAAACAUUCUGGUCGGCAGCGUGGGCAAAGUACUUGGCAUGGAGUUUGGCCGCGUAAAUGAUCUCACUCUUGAGGUUGAGUGGCAAGAUGAUGGAAUGGUCCACUGGAUAAGUGCUGCCAAUGUUGACUUGCUGGGCUUUUCCCCAAACCACGCUGAAGGACCUCUGCAGAUUGGAGAUAAAGUUCGGCUGAGGCAGUCAGUAGCUACGCCCCUCUACGGCUGGGGGUUCAUUUCUAGAAGUUGUGUCGGAGUCGUUCAUAGAAUUAACCGCACUAUUGGUCAGCCACACUACGCAAAAGUAGAGUUCCCUCAACAAAGCAACUGGACUGGACAGCUUAGCGAAUUGGAGGUUGUGUGCAACCGACACACCGGUGUUGAAUGCUCUGGUUGCGGUGUAAAUCCCAUCAUAGGCAUUCGCUUUAAGUGCAAAUCCUGCUCCAACUUCAACUAUUGCGAGGAGUGCUUCUUCACCUUACGCGUGCACAGGCACUACUUUAAUAGCAUUGCCGAAGAAGGUGGGCUUCCCAUUUUUGUCGGCAGAGCUGGCAGGAGGCGGAAAAUGUCUCUGCCAGGCUCUCCUGGGUCUCUGAUUCUGGAUUUCAACCACUGCGUCAAACGUCUCUCUGUGUCCUCCAAGGUCAGCUGGAUGGCCUUGGGUGUUCCUGAGCCCUGUCCAAACUACUGGCAAAGUCAAUCUGUCCAGAAAAAGCAUUGGAUACGUCUAGAGAUGCACCCGCAGGUUGGCAUCCAAAGCCUGAGAAUCGUGGUAGACCCUGAGGAUGGCAAGUUCAUGCCCUCACUUGUCGUGGUCAGCAUGGGCGAGAGCUUUGACAGUUUGAAAGAAAUGGCCACUGUCAAAAUACGCAGCACUGAUACCAUUGUUAAACUGCUCUCUGAUAUGAAAGAGUUCCAUGAAUGCAUUGAGAUUGGAAUAAAAGACUGCCGUGCGGGCAACAGUAAUUGUCGGGUGCAUGGACUACAUAUCAUAGGCAAGCGAAUAGGCCAGGAUGAUCACAUUGAUACGGCUUGGUCCUACUUAAACUCCGACACAGAAGAACAAGAGGAGGUGGUAACUUACCCCCAAGUGUCGAAUUUGAUGAGAUCCGAAGAUCACUUCAAAGUGUUUGUCUGGGGUCUGAAUGACAAGGACCAGUUAGGCAACAUGAGAGGUUCCAAGAUUAAAAUGCCCGUUAUCUCUGAACACCUGAGUCUGCUGAAGCCAACUUGCAUUGCUGGUGGUUCCAAAUCCCUUUUCAUCGUUUCAAAUGAGGGAAAAUUGUAUGCUUGCGGAGAGGGAGCAAAUGGGCGCCUUGGUUUGGGCCACAACAACAACGUUUCUGUCCCCAGACAGCUGAUGGCCCUCGCUUUCUAUGUUGUGAAGAAAGUAGCCGUCCACUCUGGAGGAAAGCACGCAAUGGCUUUGACGCUGGACGGAAAGGUGUUUUCUUGGGGAGAAGGGGAUGAUGGAAAAUUGGGCCAUGGCAACAGACUCUCCUACGAUAAACCCAAAAUGAUAGAAGCAUUGCGGUCAAAAAGAAUAAGAGACAUUGCAUGCGGUAGCUCUCACAGUGCAGCUAUCACAUCUAACGGUGAGCUGUACACUUGGGGCUCUGGAGAAUAUGGAAGACUCGGCCAUGGCGACUUUGAAACACUCCUCAGACCCAAACAGGUGAAAGCAUUGGCCGGCAAAAUCGUGGUGCAAGUAGCAUGCGGUAGCAGGGACGCACAAACCCUUGCUCUGACAGACUCGGGCAUGGUUUACUCGUGGGGUGACGGUGACUUUGGCAAACUGGGCAGAGGGGGCAGCGAAGGUUGCAGUUUGCCUCAGAACAUAGAGCGACUAAACGGCUGCUGCGUCUGCCAAAUUGAGUGCGGUGCCCAGUUUUCGCUGGCGCUAACCAGAUCUGGACAGGUUUGGACCUGGGGCAAGGGCGACUACUAUAGACUGGGCCACGGAAAUGACCAGCAUGUGCGGAAGCCAGCCGUGGUUGAAGGUUUGCGAGGAAAAAAGAUUGUUCAUGUGGCCGUUGGCGCUCUCCACUGUCUGGCUGUCGCUGAUCAAGGACAAGUCUUUGCUUGGGGAGACAAUGAUCAUGGGCAGCAGGGUAGCAAUUCUACCGUCGUGAACCGAAAGCCAGCAAUGGUUCAAGGUUUGGAAGGGCACAGGAUCAAUCGAGUGGCAUGUGGUUCAUCACAUUCUGUUGCCUGGUUUGUGCCUGAUCCUAAAGUCACCAAACAACAUGAACCGGUUACGUUCUCUGCUGAGAGAGACCCUCUGGGUGCCACAACCUUAGGAGGUGACGAAGCGAUACCAGUCGUACAGCCUAAUUCUGAUGCGCCUCCUGGCAAAAAAGCAACAGGCAACCUGACCCCUUCCAGCCACAACUCCUUGAUAAACAUAGCGCUCAAUCUUGACACUUCUGGCGCUAAGCAACAAGCCCUUGAGCACAUUUUACAGACUCUGCAGGUCAUGUUUGCCAGGGAGGCAGUUGUGGUUGCCCUGAGAGGACAUGCCAUGCUUGAUAGCAAGAGUGGACGAAUCAUUCUCACUGACCAGCUGCAGUCUAGUCAAUCAGAAGUCAAUACUCCUCUAGAGGCGUCUGUGAACGCUCCGCCAAACCAGGAGCCGCCACUGGAGAUCGCUCAAGGGGGCGGCGAGGCGUUAGCAGAGAGUGGUGGCACCAUGACCCCGCACACUGACAGCGAACUCGAAAGCCCCACCGAAAGCCACUUUCCAGCAGUCAUGACCAGCUCUGGAAGUCUAUCCUCUAGGGCUUCUAAAAUGUCUGCAAGUGCCAUGAGCGUCAUCGCCGCAACCAUGACCACAAAUGUUCAGUUGGUUGGUCUGCCAAAUGAUCAGGACCAAAAUCAAGUAACUCUGGACGAUUUCACGGCGAUUCUGAGUGAGGAGGACGCCAGGAGCUUGGUAGAUUUGCUCAAACUGGCUGUGGCUGGAAGAGCAGGCCUUGGUGCCCAAGAUACAAUUUCUUCGGUUUUGAGAGCCAUGGCCAAAACAUAUUCAAGCAUCGCGGAUAUGCUGUUGGAGCUGUCUGUCACUGAGCUAGAGGACAUUGCAAUGUGCACUGAUUUCAUUAAAAGAAGCGACCCUAAGCCAGUUGUUCAGGAAUCUAGUCACCCUUACACAGAUGACGUCAACCUGUUUGGUCACGUUAAAAUUCAAGGAGCUGAAUAUCUGCGGGUAGAAUUUGACCGGCGCUGCUCUACUGAAAAAAGACAUGAUCCUCUGAACAUCAUGGAUCCAAAUGGAAAAACUAUUAGCGUUCGGUCUGGUCGAGAGUGGAGCGACUGGAGUGCAGAAUUGCGGAUUCCAGGAGAUGAAUUCAUGUGGAAGUUCUACAGUGACGGCUCAGUGAACGGCUGGGGCUGGCGAUUCACUGUCUAUCCAAUCAUGCCAAAGUCUACGGCCAUCGAGCUGCUUUCAGACAGGGCUAUUCUUUCCAAGCCCUCGGUUGAGCCUGUCCGGUGCAUCCUCAGCCAGAGGGUAGGUUGUUACGCUGAGAAGAAGCUUGUCUCUAGACUCGCUUCUGCGUUGGCUGCCUGCGCUGAGCUCAGCUCUUUAGGAACUUCGCAACGAAUGUGGGCACUGCAUUGUUUGCACUCACUAAUAACUGCAACCGGAGUGCCUCCUUCUGGCAUCAACCCUGCCCAGCAGAUUGACCCUGCUUUCGUUUUCCUGGUGCAGAGUUUCCCUGCAGCCAUUUUGCAGCAGUUUGAGUAUGAAGAUCCAAUAAUUAAAACUGGCAAACAUCUCACUCACAGCGCCUUCUUUAAGGUGAUGCUCGGACUUGCUUGCGCGGUCAACCUAGACCGACUACCCUGCUGCCGGGAAUAUCGAUGGCAGUGGUUCAGCAGGUACUGCCUGGCAGCCAGGGUGUCGAGCGCACUGAUCGGCCGUUACCAGUUGCCGCAACCCUUCAGAGAAGAAGUGCAAAAGAAAAUUAAAGAGAUGAGUGGUGAAUCAGAGGAAAUAGACCUUGACUAUGAAAAAUCAGAGAUUUUCUCGCAAGCUGCUGAUGAGCAACUUCUCAAAUGGCUUAACAGGAAACCUGACGAGUGGACAUUGUCCUGGAACUCAAGUGGCAUCAUCUAUGGCUGGGGCCACAAUCACCGAGGCCAGCUGGGAGGCGUGGAAGGGGCCAAAGUGAAACUGCCGACCGUUUGCGAGAGCCUCUCCACGCUGAAUCCAAUUCAGAUUGCUGGUGGGGAGCAAACGUUGUUUGCCGUGACUGCUGAAGGCCACGUGUACGCCACUGGAUAUGGAGCUGGUGGUCGUUUAGGAACAGGGAGCACAGACAGUGUCACAACUCCAACAUUGAUUGAGUCGAUCCAGCACAUUUGCAUCAAAAAGGUUGCUGUUAAUUCCGGAGGAAAGCAUUGUUUGGCCCUUACAGAGAAUGGCGAGGUCUACUCGUGGGGCGAAGGAGAUGACGGAAAACUUGGCCACGGAAGCAAAAACACUUGCGAGAAGCCAAAAAUCGUGGAAAUCCUGCUGGGCAAGGAAGUCAUUAAUGUCGCUUGCGGAGGAGCACACAGCGCCGCCAUCACUUCGUCUGGGGAGAUUUACACCUGGGGUAAAGGCCGCUAUGGCCGACUGGGCCACGGAGAUUCAGAUGACCAACUUAAACCAAAAAGGGUUAAAGCUUUAGAGGGUUACAACGUGGUGGAUGUAGCUUGCGGGAGUGGCGACGCGCAGACCCUAUGCAUCACAGACGACGACAAUGUAUGGUCGUGGGGUGAUGGUGACUACGGCAAACUAGGCCGUGGGGGCAGUGACGGCUGCAAGGUGCCCAUGAAAAUAGAGUCGCUCGCCGGCCUUGGCGUGAUCAAAGUCGAGUGCGGCUCGCAGUUCUCUGUAGCGCUGACCAGGUCUGGCAGCGUCUACACCUGGGGCAAAGGAGACUACCAUAGACUGGGACAUGGCACUGACGACCACGUGCGCAGGCCCAGAAAGGUGGCUGCUCUGCAGGGCAAGAGGGUCAUCAGCAUUGCCACAGGCUCGUUGCACUGCGUGGCGUGCACAGACCAGGGCCAGGUGUUCACCUGGGGAGACAACGACGAGGGCCAGCUCGGCGACGGCUCCACUACGGCCAUCCAGCGGCCUCGGCAGGUUAUUGCCCUGCAAGGCAAGAACAUCAACCGCGUGGCCUGUGGAUCUGCGCACACGGUGGCUUGGAGCACCAGCAAGGCCGUGUCAUCGGGUCGGAUUCCGGCAGCUGUGCCCAUGGAGUACGACCUGAUCAAGGACGUGCCGAUGAUGACCCUGAGGAACAGGCUGAUGCUGCUGCACCACUUCUCGGAGCUCAUCUGCCCCCUGGUCGCCAUGUUUCCUCUCGGCGAGCUGCCCAACAACUCGGCACACGCUUCGAGACUGGACCAGCUGAGGGGGGUGCUUGUUUACUCGGCCAAAGAAGCCACCUUCCGCAAGGUUGUGCAAGCAACCAUGGUGAGGGACAAACAGCAUGGGCCUGUUAUCGAGCUGAACAGGAUUCAGGUGAAGCGAGCUAGGGGCAAAUUCGGACUGGCAGGGCCCGAUGGGACAAAAUCAGUGUUCGGCCAGCUGGUGAGCAGAAUGACUCUGCUCACCCAGGAGUCGUUGUUCCUUCCGCACCGAGUGUGGAAAGUCAAGUUUGUCGGGGAGAGCGUGGACGAUUGCGGCGGUGGAUACUCGGAGAGCAUCGCCGAAAUGUGCGACGAGUUGCAAAAUGGAUCUCUGCCCUUGCUGAUCGGAACACCAAACGGCCGAGAGGAGAACGGCACCAACAGGGACUGCUUCAUUUUCAAUCCGGCAUCAGGAAGCCCGCUCCACCUCCAGAUGUUUAAUUUCUUAGGAAUUUUGAUGGGCAUUGCUGUAAGGACUGGAAGUCCUUUGAGUUUGGUCCUGGCUGAGCCUGUUUGGAAGCAGCUGGCUGGACAAGAGCUCAGCCCAGCUGAUUUGACAGAGCUGGACAGAGACUAUGUCCCAGGUCUCAUGUGCAUUCGGGACAUGGAGGACAAAGCCCUCCAGACUCUAGAAAUGCCAUUUUCAACGUCCAGCACAACCGGGGAAGAAGUGCUGUUGUCGUCACUUUACAGGAAAAUCAACGCAGAGAAUAGACAGGAGUACGUCAGACUGGCGUUGAAUUAUAGGCUUCACGAGUUUGACGAACAAGUAAAGGCGGUGCGACAAGGCAUGGCAAAGGUGAUACCGGUGCCACUGCUCACCCUUUUCAGUGGCUAUGAGCUCGAGACAAUGGUCUGCGGCUCGCCGGAUAUUCCGCUGCCUCUUUUGAAGUCUGUCGCCACAUACAAAGGAAUUGACGCAAACGCUUCGUUGGUGACAUGGUUCUGGGAGGUGCUGGAGGAGUUCACCAACGAGGAGAGAUCUCUUUUCCUGCGCUUUGUCUGGGGCAGAACCAGACUGCCAAGAACGAUUGCAGACUUCAGAGGCAGAGAUUUUGUUAUUCAAGUUUUGGACAAGUUUAACCCGCCUGACCACUACAUGCCUGAAAGCUACACAUGCUUCUUCUUGCUGAAGCUGCCUCGCUACUCUUGCAAGCCGGUACUGAAGGAGAAAUUGAAGUACGCGAUCCACUUCUGCAAGUCGAUCGACACAGACGAGUACGCCCGCGUGGCCAUGACGGGUAGUCUUACGGAGGAGGAAGGCGCUGCGGCACUGCCCGAGGACUUCGCUGGUGGACACGGCGACGGCCUCAGCAGCGACAGCGACCAAGUGGAGAGCUUCGAAAGUGAUCUCGGAAUCGAACCAGUUUCCAGCACCUAGUCUGUUUAAUCUUAAACCACACACGCAUGCACUAACAGACCAAAUUUUCUCAUUUAUUAAUCAACACUCAACUAAAAGAGAACACACGUUUUUUGCUUUGUUUGAAAUUGUAUAACAAUAUAUAUUUAUUUUCACAGAAAUUUAUGCAUCAAAAUAUAUGUAUAUGUGUUGCCUAUGUUUUGCAACGGAAUUUCAUAUUUGUAACAGUUGACUCUAAAUAAAAAGUCAAAGAAUACUUCA